UACGUGUUUCUGCUCUUCAAGGCUGAGGAGAGGGAGUACGCAGAAGUUAUUUUCCCUUUUCCUCUCAGUCUGUGAGGAGGAUGGAGCUGGAAGUCAAAAGCGGGUAGCUGGAGCCUGCGGAGUUCCAGUGAAGCUCCAAACUGCCCCCCUUUCCUACUGAGCCCCUCAGCAGCUCCUUGAUCUCCCCAGCCCUGCAGAGCAGCUGCCCCUCUGACCCACCCGACAGGACACUAUGAAGCUCUGGGUUGUGCUUUGUCUGGCAGUGCUCUGGGUGGAGCUCCAAAAUGGUUCCUGCCAACAAGUCAAGCGGAGAAAAGACGUAGGAGAGAACCGCAUCAGGCCAGGGGGGAAACGGGUGAAGGUGAGACACCCCAAACUAAAAGAUGGAGGUGGGAGAGGCCACUCCCUGUUGACCCAGGUUUUAGAUAAGGGACGCUUUGUGCGCUUGAGCCAGACCACAACUCUGACUCCUGGGAAGAACAUGGAGCUGCGCUGCAAAGGCAGCUCCAUUGGAUGGUCAUACCCAACCUACCUGGACACCUUCAAUGACUCACGCCUCAGCAUCAAGCAGAGUGACAAGUACAGUCAACUGAUCCUGACGUCGCCCUCUGCUGCUGACACGGGUCCCUACAGCUGCUGGGUGAUAGUGUGUGAUGGCUCAGAAUGUGAUAAGGACCACGAACGCUCCUAUGCGUCAUACAUCUAUUUCACAGAUAAAGACAACCUCUUCGUCCCCUCCGCCAUCCACUUUGAGAUCGUGUACCUGCGCCCGGACAGGUCCGCUGUGGUGCCCUGUCGUGUUACCGACGUACAGGCCAAGGUGUCCCUGCACAGAGAAGUUCCUCCAGAGGAGAUCACAUCCAACAGUACACUGGUAACCUAUGACCCCACCAAGGGGUUUGUCCUGCAGAAUCCCAGCGCAGAGCAUCAGGGGGUCUUCUACUGCAAGGCUGUGACCAAGAGCACCCCUCAGAUCUCCACAAAGUACCAGCUGCUCUAUGUGGAGGUUCCUAGCACACCACCAUUUGUGAGCCUUGAACCCUCUCUGCAGUCUGUAAGAGGCGGUGACAACAUUAAUGUAACCUGCACGGUGCUGGGGGAGCCAGACGUGGACGUGAGCUUCACCUGGUCUUAUCCUGGUCAGGACCAACGUCCAGUUCACAUCCACACUUCCUGGAGGCUGAUUAACAGAGGUAUGGGCCACACCACGCGCGUCUCCCAGAGCGUCUUGACUGUAGAAGACAUGGAGACCAUUGACUUUGGAAACUACAUCUGUAAAGCCAAGAACCCACAUGGUGAGACAAUUGUGACGACCAACAUCAUCUCCAUAUAGCCCUGAGCAGGACUGAGUGAUGUGACGCAAGACACCAAGCAGUGAGACCAAAAUGACCUGUAUAUACAUAAAAGGUGGUGUAUUUUUAGACUGCGAUGAUAGCAAAGACAUGAUAAAGAUUUGCUAAAUAUGUUAUAUUCAAAAGUGAUGACUGAAGCAUGACAGUAUAAUGCAACAAUGCAUCAUGCCAAAAGUCAAAUAAGGAAGCAAAAUGAAGGAGGCAGGCCACCCCUUUAUCCUAAAAUAUUACUGGCUGAGAGGCAGGACAUCACUCUGAACCAACUCUGAAUAUUUGAGUAUUUGUUUUUAAUGUUCAUUAGUUUCAUUUGUAUGUCGCCUACUUUUGGAGGUAUAGUUGGUUUUUGAGGACUUAAAGAAUAAAGUAUGGAAGCUUUAAAA